AUGGCAUGUGAAGAACACUACUCUGCUCUUAUGCAUGGAUUAGAGAAGCUUGAUUUUUCUGGGUCACCAGUUCCGAGUGCCAUGGUGCUAACUCGUGACCAUGCCUUUCCGUUGGCCCUGAGUCCCAAGGGUCAGGUUUUAAUUGCAGCCUCUUGCUAUGGCCAGGGACGGAUGGUGGUGUUGGGACAUGAACAAUAUCUCAGAGAUUUUCCUGAUUUGGUGGAGAAUGCCUUGUCUUGGCUUAUUUCCUCUGUUGAACAUACAACUACUGUUGGCAUUCAUGAAAGCUGUAAAGACAUUGCUUAUAACUUGUCUAUUUCUGGAACAAACGUAAAGGUUGGAGACUUUCAAAGCGGGUUUGAUGUCUAUGUCUGUGAUGCCUAUGGAGUGGACCAAUGUGCUAAACAGUUGGUCGCCUUCCUUAAAGCUGGAGGAGGCUUGCUAAUUGCGGGUCAGGCCUGGCACUGGGCAACAAUCCAUCCAGAUAAAAACGCUUUUCUUCACUUCCCUGGAAACAAGAUAUGCAGUGUGGCAGGAAUCUACCUCUCAACAUACUAUGGAGAACAUGGAACAUUUUCUGUGCCCAAGCAAAUCCCCACAAGCUACCACUCUGUACUGUCCAGCAAAGAUUUUGUAAGAGACCUGGAGUUUCUGCUGAAAGGAGUUUCAGAGUUUGACAUCCAGGGUGAAGCUGUACCAUCUGAGGUCUUGGUGCAUGGACCUUUAGCAUUUCCCAUUGGAACCACUCCAAAUGGAGGAGCCUUUAUUGCUGGGGCAUACUAUGGGCAGGGUCGUGUAAUUGUAUCCACCCAUGAAGCUUACCUGGGACACGAACCACUAACAACUUUCAUGAUCAAUGCCAUUCACUGGUUGGAUGAGGGGCACAAUGGGUUGGUUGGUGUACAGCCCCAACUCAAAGGAGCCUACAAGCUACUGAAGAGGUCUGGGCUGGAAUGUCAACUGACUCACUUCAAGGAAGGACUCAGUGUCUAUGUGUGCACUUCCUACAGUGAUGCCCAAUGUGAUGAAAUUCAAGACUUUGUGGCUGAAGGUGGUGGACUCCUUAUUGGUGGUCAUGCUUGGCACUGGGCUUAUACCCACCGUGGACAUAAUGUGAUGACUGAUUACCCUGGGAAUCACAUCCUUAAUGAGAUGGGACUGAGUAUCCUAGAAGACACCUUGAGUUCUGGGCUGUACAAGACUCCAGACGUUCAACAAGUAUCCACUAAGGGAUACCACUUCCGCAAAUUACUGCAGCGUUUUAUUGAACACAUGACCCUGAGUAAGACUUUGACAGAACAUGAGCAAGCUUUCUUAAAGAAACUCGGCAGUGACUAUGCUAAGUAUCUCCGCAUUCAAGCACACGAUUCUGCUUCCUACACUUCGGUGGUGACAUCCCUCACUGAAAUGUUGAAAAAGGUCGAUUUUCCACAGGUGUCAGACAAGAGACCAGUCAGCAGUGCCAAAGAUCACCUACUUCUCCACAUUGGGACUCAAGUGUACAAAGUUUGCUCAGACCCUGACACUCUACUGCCCUAUAUCAUUAAGAACAGACCCAACCUCCCUACAGUCUCCAAUGCAAGGGUUUGCAUCAGUGUCAAAACUGAAGAUUUUAAAGAAUGGAUAAGCACUGGUCUUUAUCUUUCCCCUGGAAUGAAGACCUACAUAGAAAUCCCACCUGAAAUCAUAGGGAAAGACUGGCAGGUUCAGAUUGGCUGCCAAUCUGAUGAUCUUGGCAAGGCAGAAGUUCUGAAGAGGGCUCCUGUCGUGUGUGAGCUAUUUCCUGUGAAUGCAGAGAAGAUACAUGUUUGCAACCUCUGGGGAGGGCUCAUUUACCUGAUAGCUCCACCCAAAAGUCAGGUUAAAGGAAUGGAGAUCAUUAUAAAAACAGCGAUCCAAGCACCCUACUACAAGUCUGACGAAACCACAGUAAAAGACUGGGUGAACAACAUCCGGAAUGCUCCAGCUCCCUGGGCGGAGCUUGAGUUUGAAAAUAUCAUCCUCACCAUGGACUCUGACAUCAUCCGGCAACUGGAACGUCCUGAUAAAGUGGCCACACUCUGGGACAACAUUAUGAAGGGGGUAGCAGACCUGGCUGCGAAGCCUGCUAAAUUCCCACGCAAGGAACGUUUCGUGGCUGACGUCCAGAUCUCUGCCGGCUUCCUGCAUUCUGGCUAUCCGAUUAUGAUGCACACCGAAUCUGCCUGGGACCUGAUGGGCCCUAUGAAAGACAUGUGGGGACCCAUCCAUGAGCUUGGUCAUAACCAGCAGCGUAGUGUAUGGGAGUUCAGACCACACACCACGGAGUGUACUUGCAAUAUUUGGUCUGUAUACAUCCAUGAGACAGUUCUACAAAUAAGUCGGGAACAGGCCCAUGAAGAAAUGACAUCUGCAAGAAGGCUCAGGCGUAUACAGAGUUAUGUAAAGGGUGGCCAGAACCUGAAAGAGUGGGAGGUUUGGACAGCACUGGAGACCUAUAUGCAGCUUCAAGAAAAGUUUGGCUGGGAUGCCUUCAAAACAGUAUUUGCUGCAUACCAUCACAUGAAGGAUGUGCCAGACCAUAAAGAAGGAAAGAUGAAUGUAUAUACUGAAACCUUCUCCAAGGUGGUCAACAUGAAUCUGGCUCCCUUCUUCAAAGCUUGGGGCUGGCCUAUUGAGCCCAGCACUGAGGAGAGGCUGUCCAGCCUGCCUGUAUGGAGUGACCACCCUAUGGCUCAGUACAUUUAG